CCCUGCCCCGUGUGUGUCCUCGGUCCCCAGGGCGGCUCUGGAUCUCCGGAGGCAGCUCUGAAGGCGCUUCCUCUGCUGUGCCCUCGGAGUGACAGCCGGGAGGCCUCUUCGUUCUCCUCUCCAUCCUUGGCCAGACGCGCCAGAACCAUGUCGGCGGAGACCGCGAGCGGCCCCACGGAGGACCAGGUGGAGAUCCUGGAAUACAACUUCAACAAGGUCAACAAGCACCCCGACGCCACCACGCUGUGCCUCAUCGCCGCCGAGGCGGGCCUCACGGAGGAGGAGACGCAGAAAUGGUUUAAGCAGCGCCUGGCCCAGUGGCGGCGGUCAGAAGGCUUGCCCUCCGAAUGCAGGUCUGUUACGGAUUAGGGAGCCGGGCACCCACAGCCCCGCUGGAUCGCUCGGUGAACGCCAUCUGCUCCUCCUCGCCGCGGCUCACCCAGGCUGUUUUGAUGUUUCAGAGCAGUGUUGAAUGUCCCAUUGUUUGCUGUCCUGCUAUUUAAUACGAUGUAUUUUUUAAAUGUAUAUAACUAAUAAAGAAAAUAAUAGGAAGCUAAAUGCAGUUCUGUGUAAAGCAAUGGUUUGGCUGGGAAAGGGGCGUGGCUUGCAUUCCCCUUUUGGAAUUUAAUGCAAGAUGACAGUGGGGGGGGGGGGAUUUUCUGUUUGCCUUUCGUCAUUACCUUCCAGUAACAAUUCACAUGUCCCAUCCUCUUCAGAGCUGUCAGGCUUCUAUUGAGAAGAUAUCAGAACAAGUCGGUCGGAAAAACAUCUCCUGAGUCCACUUCCCUGUGUCUUUUCCCCUCUGCUUCAUUUAAUUCACUGGCAGUUGAAUGAGAACACGGGUGUAUUUGAGUCAUUCAGAUUUUAUAUAUAACAGUUCCUUCACUUACGGCUGUGUGACUUCGGAGAGAACCCUAGGCUAGCAACUUCGGACUCCAAGCGGUAGGAGAGCAAGUAGCUAAGGAAAAGAUUUACAGAGUCUGCAAUUUAUUUAAAUGAAUUUGUUGGGCUUAUUUUGACGAAUAAAAUGAACUGCUUUUUGUUUCAAAAAUGAUGUUCUAAAUAAAAGACUUUUGUUGAAAAUUCA